AUGAGAAUAUUAAAAUUUUCAUUUUCCUUAAUUAUUACGUUAAUAAUCAUACAAAAUGUUCGGUGUGGUGAUGAAAUCAUUGAAGAUGUUGAUGCAGAAGUUCUCAAGACUGUCGAUGGUCAAAACCUUCUGGAAUUGGACUCAAAUGAAGAACCAAUUUUAGUCCCGGUUGAUGGGAAAGAUGUGAAAACUGAUACAUUUAUGUGA